GAUCCAAGGCCAGCUUGUCGGCCAUCUGGGAGCGGAGUUGCAGACGCUGCACUCCCUCCGUAAAGCGGGGAGUCCUGAGGGCUUUGGUGGACUCGGGCACUGGCUGGGGGUUGCAGGUUUCUCACGCUUUGGCCCGCGGAGAGGGUGCAAGUGCAGUCUGUGACCUUUGGACUGGACAGGGGCAGUCGCACAAGGCAAAAGAACCAACCUCCCUACAGGCCGUGGACUUUACCCCUGCUGAUGCCAGGAAGCACAGGACAAGAAGACCGUGCGCAGCCUGCAGCCUGGGCACCGUGCGGGGACCUCUAGCGCUGCACUUAGGCUUGAGGACUUGGGAGGCUGUCUUGGUUUGGGAGUUUUGUUUUUUUGUUUUUGUUUUGUUUUGUUUUUUUCAAGUCCUGAACCACUGAAGAAAGAGCUUGGCGCUUGACUCUCGGAGACAUGAAUUACGCACGGUUCAUUAACGCGACCAGCGCGGCCAGAAAAUGUUCUCCCAUCCGAAUCUUCGCUGAUGUCCUGAUCAAGUCACCAAAAUCACUCAUCUCCUUGGCUCCUGGAUAUCCAAAUCCAAGCACCUUCCCCUUUAAGAGUGCUGUUAUCACUUUAGAAGGUGGAAACACCAUACAAUUUGGAGAAGAGACCAUGAAGACAGCACUUCAGUAUUCUGCAACUUACGGAAUUCCAGCACUUGUGUCCUGGCUGAAACAGUUGCAAAUAAAAUUGCACAAUCCUCCCAACACCCAUUACCCACCUAACCAGGGACAAAUGGAUCUCUGCAUCACAUCGGGCAGCCAAGAUGGUCUCUGUAAGGCAUUUGAAAUGAUAAUUAAUCCCGGAGAUAAUAUCCUCCUAAAUGAGCCCAUUUAUUCAGGAAUACUUCAAGCUCUGCUCCCGCUGGGCUGCAACAUUAUCAGUGUUCCCAGUGAUGAGUUUGGGAUUAUCCCAGAUGCCCUCAAAGAAAUACUUUCCAAAUGGAAACCAGAAGAUUCCAAGGACCCCAACAAAAACACCCCCAAGUUUCUCUAUACUGUUCCAAAUGGCACAAACCCCACUGGAAACUCAUUGACAGGUGACCGUAAAACAGAGAUCUACAAGCUUGCAAGAAAGUAUGAUUUCCUCAUAAUAGAAGAUGAUCCUUACUAUUUUCUCCAGUUCAACAAGCCCUGGGCACCGACAUUUCUCUCCAUGGAUGUUGAUGGGCGUGUCAUCAGAGCUGAUUCCUUUUCAAAAAUCCUCUCCUCGGGGUUGAGAGUGGGUUUUGUAACGGGCCCAAAACCAUUGAUAGAGAAAAUUGUUUUACACACACAAGUAUCAUCAAUGCACCCCUGCAGUUUCUCACAGCUCAUGAUAUCACAGCUUCUACAGCAAUGGGGAGAAGAAGGCUUCCUGGCUCACGUGGACAGAGUUACUGAUUUCUACAGGAACCAGAGAGACGCCAUAUUGGCAGCUGCGGAGAAGUGGUUAAGUGGUCUGGCAGAAUGGCAUGUACCUGUUGCUGGUAUGUUUUUAUGGGUUAAAAUUACAGGCAUUUCUAAUUCACAACAACUGAUUGAAGAAGAAGCCCUUAAGAAAGAGGUUUUACUGGUUCCUGGGAGUGCUUUCUACAGGGACAGCUCAACUAAUAGCCCUUACUUCAGAGCCUGCUUCUCCACAGUUUCUGCAAAACAGAUGGAUGUGGCCUUCCAGAGAUUAGCCCAAAUUAUAAAAGAAUCUUUGUGAAGAAAUCCAACUAAUCAUACUACUUGUAGGAUUUUCAGAUUAAUUAGUUUUAUGUUUAAUCCAGAAGAAACAAUUAUUGAUGCUAAGGUUAGUUUAACUCAACAACUUUUGAAAUGCCUUUAAAUCCAUCAGAUUGGGAAAAUAUAUUUGUAAGACACUCAGGCUUUUCACUUUUGAAUCUGUAAAAAAAUAUUUUUAUCUUAGAUUUUACUGUAAAGAACUCUGCGGCUGCCUUAUAAUGUUG